AUGCGCCUCACGUCUCCGACUCUGCUCGCCUUUGGUGGCCUGGCUGGACUCGUCGCCAGUUCACGCUCUCCGUCUACAGCCGGCAGAUGGCGUGACCUGGCUCCCAUCCCCAAGGCACCCCGUCAAGAGCAUACUACCGUGGCCCUUUCACCGACGACUUUAGCCGUCCUCGGCGGCAUCGUGACUGGGAGCGAACCUGCCGUGACGACUAACAUCAUGCAAUUGUAUGAUAUCCCUACCAACACUUGGUCAUCGGCACCCAAUAUUCCCGUGCCGAUGAACCACAUCAAUGCCGCUGUCGUUGACGGCAAGAUUUAUCUGCUCGGCGGUCUCGCGGUCCUGUCAAACGGCUCGUGGAGUGCAAUUCCAGACUCUUGGGUCUUUGACCCGGAAGAAGCCCAGUGGAAGUCCAUUGCACCGAUGCCCAAAGAGGUGGCACGUGGAAGUGCAGCAAUGGGCGUGCACGGAAAGACAAUCUACUUGGCCGGUGGCAUGACUAUCCUGGUCCCCGGCGUUUACCAGAAUUCAGUUGAUACCGUCUCCGCAUUUGACACAACUAAAGGAACCUGGAAGACCCUGUCCAAGCAAUUGCCCGAGGGGAGAGAUCAUGCCGGCGCAGCAGUCGUGGAUUCCGCCUUUUACGUCCUCGGCGGCAGAAACUUUGGGCAAAAUAAUGUGAGAGACACUGUCUUCUCGUUGAACUUGAAGAACCACAGCGGGGGAUGGAAAGACGGGUCGGCGAGGCUCCCCACUGCCCGCGGUGGCCUCUCGAUUGGCACGAUUGGCAUAUCGAUUUACGCCUUUGGCGGCGAGGGCAACAGAGCCGAGGGGACGAACGGCGUGUUUAACCAGACGGAGCUGUUGCUGUUGGUGGUCGCAUCUACAUUCCAGGGGGAGGCUUUGCUCAAGGUGCUCAUCCAGUACACGACACAGAUGUAUUUUGCCCUUAGAGAGGACAUGUUAUUACAAGCGCCCCUGUCGCUUAGGAUGAACAAGUUGAAAAACUCCAUGACAACUCAUCACCUUAUGGUCAGGGUGUGCAAAAGUCAGUCUGCUUUUGAACUGGACGUACGAAGGGCAUCACAUAUGCAGGCCGCCAACGGCAAAGUCUGA